AUUGCCGCGGCGAAUGCACCGGCGAACUGCUCCAGCGAACAGACGAAGUGGAAGCAGAAAUCGAUAGACUCGACCUUGCCGAACUGGCCAAUCAGGGACUGGGCGGCCUUCAGCGGCGCGCCGAAAAGCUAAAGACACGCUUCUCAAGGCCGACCACGGACCGCGAAGUCGGCCUAAUCGAACGGGCCGGUCAGAUAGCAAAGGAGAUCGCCAGACUCACCCUCACCACCAGGUCUCAACUGCCCACUGCGGCAAGACAGCUCGAUGAGGAUAGCUGUAACGCCUCCAAUAACACCAUUCUGCUGCAAAGGGAAGCCGCUAAGUUGAAUCGAAAACUAGACGAUUGGAUGCGGUCGCUGAGUGCCCUGCAACCGGGCGUGGUCGAUGAGGAGACGAGUCGAGAAUGGCAUGAGGUAGCGCGUAUGGUGCAACAAGAAAUAAGUCAAUUCGACCUGUCCCAGGAUGUGGAAUGGGCCAGCGAACUGCGUGAGGCUGGAAAGGAGUUGGAAUCACGCCUACAGGCGGUCGAAAACCUGAAUAACAUCCAAGACCUGAUGAGUGAUGCCGUAGGAAGUUCACUCAAUCAAGUACGCGAGAAGCAGGCCGGCUUCACCACUGAACUGGACCAACUGCGAGGCACACGCGAGGACUACGAGACUGAGCGCGUACCGGAAGCCAACACUCUCGCCACUGAACUGGAAGAACUGCCCUCAUUUGAUCGCAUCCCCAACUCCCCGCCACCCGACGCCAUUCAGAAAGCUAUGCAGUUGGAGCGUACUGGAGAGGAGAUUAAGAGUGCUGUUGACUCACCCGGCGUCGAGAGUGUACUGGAGGCGCGGGAAGCCUACCGCCAGAUCGCUGAACAGCUCCAGCGAGCACGCAACCUCACCGAUGAGGCUCAAAAUGCCCUCGCGGACAGUCAGGCCGCUCAGGGUGGUGCCACUGUGGAUAGCCAACUCAGUGCUGUAGAGGAGCGUCGACGAGCGAUGCAGGUCAGGGUGGACCAGCUGGCGAAGAGGGUACAGGAAGAGAGCGCGCUGAGCCGAGAUGGGGCGAACAAGUUGGCUGGCCUGCAGGAGUCGCUGGCUUUGCUCUCCAACGUCGCGGACACUGCCAUCAGGGAUGCUGGCAGAACUGACGACCUGGUUUCACAGUUGAAACCCCUUGUGGACGCCAGUAGACCCAAACUGGACACAAUUGCUGCGGAGACACUUCAAGAUCGCCAACAACUGACGGAUAUGGAACAGCAGGUUCUAGCGGUGGAGAAAAGAUACAAUGAAUUUGAGGGGACCGCCAAUCUUGCCGUUGACAGAGCCAACGACACACAGAAUCGUCUGCUCUCGGGUCUAGAGGACACCGAACGGCGCUUCAAUGAGCUGGAGGCAAAACUGGCGCUGCCUCGUCGGCUGGCCGCCUAUGCGCGAUCCCUGCUGGAUAUGGCCUACGCUGGCCUCGGACGUGACCCACUGCCGCUGCGGCUG